CACCAAGUCUCCGCUAAAAUUUUGAAUAGAUCGAAUUCAAUUCAACAACCAUUUCGACUCAUCCCAUCUUUUCUCCUUAUUCCAUUCUCGAUUUCUUCCAAUAGGACAUAUCUAGCCAUCCUAUAAGAUAUAAUCCGAAGAUCUAAGCGUACUCCAUACAAGCCACGAAAAUUUGCCGAUAAAGUCUACAUCUGGCAGGGAUAUAAUACUUGAAGUAGCAACGCUUCAUGCAUCAAAAUGUCUGGUCGCGGUAGAGGGGGCAGAGGCGGUCGCGGCGGCCGCGGUGGUUUCGGCGCAGCUCGCAAGGCAGGACCGCAAGGAAUGCCCGGCGCCGACGACCCAAGCCUGCAGUUUAAUGAGAAGCCUCAAGACACAUAUCCCAAAACCUACAACCCCCCCAUCGCGCCUCCCCUCUCCCCGACCGAGGACCGCUCCGUCGCCGCCUUCGUCGCCUUCCGGCGCGCCUUCCACAACACGCCGCUGUACACGCACCGGCACCUGACCAACAACAACAUGAGCGACGCCGGGACCUCGAAGCCGUCGGACCCGGUGCGCCGGACGUACGGGCAGGCGCAGCUGAACGCGCGCUUCGGCGUCAAGAGCCGCGCGAGCGCGGACCCCUUCCGCGCCGUGCCGCUGUACAGCAACAAGUUCGUCGACGAGGUGCGCGUGCUGCCCGAGCUGCGCCGCCGCGCCGACCGGUACGUCAAGGCCUUCUUCCCGGAGGAGCUGUGGGCCACGCUGCACGGGCGCGACACGGGAGGUCCAAAGGGCGGGUACUUGGCGAGCAGCAGCCGUAACGGGGUGAAGGACAAGGAGAAGGAGAAGGAGAGGAAGGGGACGAAGCGCAAGGCCGUGGUGCUGGACGACGACCCGUUCGCUAGCGACGACGAUGGCGAGGAAGGUUCGUCUUGGCGUAGACGGCGCGAGGACGAGACCGAGGAGGAGCGGAAGAAGCGUAUCGAUGCUUCGCUCAAGGAGAACGAGACUGAGGAUGCGGAGAAUAAGGAGGAUAUCGAUCUCGACGAGGAAGAGGAGCAUAUGUCCCAGGAAGACGAUGAUUACGACGAUGACGAGGGUGGAGACUACGAUGCCGAGCAGUACUUCGACGGCGGAGAUGCCGACGACUUUGGAGAAGACGAAGGGGUUGGGGAAAGCGCCAUGGACUUCUAGCGGGCGGGUACUGAAUCGAAGGGAUACGCAUCAACCUAGAAAUAUUACUCUGGCCGGCUGCAUUGGGAUCGGCGUUCUUGAAGGAGGGGUUUCGAGCUUUUAUGUCUCGAGAUUGAUUGUGGUCGUAAAACGAUUUGCCAGACUUGAGGAUACCCAGAUCUCUGUUCACAGAAUACAUGUCAUGAAUUAAUUAUACAGUCAUGUUAACUUGGAGACAUGGUCAUAAUUUCCACGAGAUCCGAUCUAAUACAAAGUUAGAUGCGUCCACAGGUAUAUUCUACC